CGGCCUUGCCCAGCGCAGGGUCGGAUCCCGCUCCGCCCCGCUGCGGGCACCAUGGAGCGGCUCGGGAAGCGCUCUGCGGCCCGGCUGGACACCGUCCUGCGGCACCUCUGCCCGCGGCUGGGCGCGGCCCCCGCCCCCAUAAGCUUUCCUACUUCUGCCCAAGUCAGUGCUGUUCCUCAUUCGGGGAGGUUUUGCUACACCCUGGACAAUGAUCUCCUCACCACACAGCAGAGGCAGUUCUAUGAAGACAACGGGUACCUGCUCGUCAAGAAGCUCGUUUCUGAUGAAGACAUCGAGCGCUUCAGGAGGGAAUUCACGAGGAUCUGUAAAAGAGAGGUGAAUCCACCAGGAGCUAUGAUUAUGAAAGACGAGUCCCUGAAAUCCCAGUUUGGUCAGUCUGAAAAAGUGGUUAAUAAAGUGCAGGACUUCCAGGAAGACGAAGAGCUGUUCAGAUAUUGCACUCUGCCAGAGGUCCUCAAAUACGUCGAGUGCUUCACAGGGCCAAACAUCAUGGCCAUGCACACCAUGCUGAUAAAUAAACUUCCAGAUUCUGACAAACAGACUUUUCUCCACCCCAUGCAUCAGGACCUGCACUAUUUCCCGUUCCGGCCCGCGUCCCGCAUCGUGUGCGCCUGGACCGCCAUGGAACGGGCCGACCAGGACAACGGCUGCCUGGUCGUGCAGCCCGGGACACACAAGACCACCCUGAAGCCUCAUGGCUAUCCCAAGUGGGAGGGUAAAACCAACAAACUUUUCCAUGGGCUGCUUGAUGAGGAUGAGAAGACUCCCAAGGUUCACCUUGUCAUGGAGAAGGGGGACACGGUGUUCUUCCAUCCCCUGCUCAUUCACGGCUCUGGGAUAAACAGGACGUCAGGUUUCCGAAAGAGCAUAAGCUGUCACUUUGCCAGCUCAGAGUGCUACUACAUUGAUGUCAAGAACACGACUCAGGAGCACCUGGAGAAGGAACUGGAAGAAAUGGUCCGCAAGAAAUACAACGCGACUUCCGUGGAGCUCAAGGAUAUCUGGAACUUCCGAGCUCGGCUUGUGCAGGGGGAAAGAAUUAACCUGUAGAAGACCCUGUGAAGGGCAGGAUGGAGAGCAAGCACCUGAGAAUGAGCUUCUCUGGGGGGGAGACUGCAGACCCUGCCUGGGCAGGCAGAAUUCCCUGUGCUUUGUUGGCCUCUGUAGUGGUAACUCAGCCAAAUGCUGCAUCGCAAAAUCGUUCUAUGCUAAUACAGAAUAAUUGCACUGAGGUUGGACGGCAAAGAAAACCUAAUCUAGAAAACCAGAUUUGCUGUGGAUAUCUUAGAGAAAUCGAGGAGUUAAGGUCUUGAAAGAGCACCUUGAAUUUCCUUGAUGUUUUUUUUUUCUUGUUUCUUAAAAGUUUCCCACGUGACACACCUUUGGAAAGAUGCUACACUAACGUGAGGUUUUAUGCAAGAAUUUCCAGCGUUCCCAACUUCCUUUUCUAUGAAAAAAAAAAAAAAAAAAGGAAUCUAGAGUUUCACACGCAAGCCUGACAUGGGAAGUUAUUAGUAGAGCUGAUAAAGAUGGGCGUGUUGGUACCAGCAGAAUCAAUGGUGUAAGGAACUACAGAAAGGGAAAGCAGCAAUUACUCAUGUAGAAAAAUGGGAUUUGUGGGCAGGAGUGUCAUUGCUGGUGGAGUUCCUCAAACAUGUCUUACUGUGGCAUCCUACCUGACCGAGCACUGGCAGAAGUGUCUGAUGGGCUUGGGAGGUACUGGGCCAAUGAACCAGCCUCCCAUUGGCCUUGCACAACUGAUCCAAGGCUGUGUGAAGUGAGGGAACCCUCCUUGGAGACUGGUGGGACUGGGAAAAGGUGCCUUUUGCUGCUGCCAGCUCGAGGAGAUGGUUGGAUGCUCCCUGGGACACGGUGGGGUGGAGGUUUGUGCACUGAGAGGAUCCUCUCGCCCUUGACAAUGUUUUUUCUUGCUUUCUGAGAGAUCCUUUUGCUUUCAGAAUCUAUUUUUCGAAAUACAGAAUAAAUCAGAACCGAAUUGCA